GAACGGGAGCAGGAGAUUGACCGCUGGAGGGUGAAGUGCGUGCAGGAAGUGGAGGAAAAGAAGCGGGAGCAGGAACUCAAAGCAGCUGCUGACGGGGUCUUAGCUGAAGUAAGGAAAAAACAGUCAGACACCAAAAGAAUGGUGGACAUUCUUCGUGCUUUAGAGAAAUUGAGGAAGCUGAGGAAAGAAGCUGCAGCAAGAAAAGGGGUCUGUCCUCCUGCUUCAGCAGAUGAGACUUUUGAGCACCAUCUUCAACGGCUGAGAAAACUCAUUAAAAAGCGCUCUGAACUGUAUGAAGCUGAAGAAAGAGCCCUCCGAGUUAUGCUGGAAGGAGAGCAGGAGGAGGAGAGGAGAAGAGAACUGGAAAAGAAGCAGAGAAAAGAGAAAGAGAAACUCCUACUUCAGAAACGUGAAAUUGAGUCCAAGUUAUUCGGGGAUCCAGAUGAGUUCCCACUUGCUCACCUCUUGCAGCCAUUCCGGCAGUAUUACCUCCAGGCUGAGCACUCCGUGCCUGCGCUCAUUCAGAUAAGGCAUGAUUGGGAUCAGUACCUGGUACCAUCUGAUCAUCCUAAAGGCAACUCCGUUCCCCAAGGAUGGGUCCUUCCUCCGCUCCCCAGCAACGACAUCUGGGCAACUGCUAUUCAGCUUCAUUAAGAUGCUCCAGGAGUGUGGUCCAGCGGGCAAGCACUGGAGCUCUAGAUAUUAGAGAUGCUGUUGUCUCAUGAUGUGCUCUCUGUACAACUUAAACUCCAUGCGGCAUUGUCCUAGCUCGAAAGCCCUGGGCAGGGGUGCCUCUGGAGCCAGGAGAUUCAUAAGGUUCUUCUGGAAAGGGCUUAUUAGCAUGGGCUGUGGCCUUGGCUUACUAAAUCUGCCUGUUUUGAGAGGCUUGGUUCAAUGUGGCCUGCUCAUUUGCUCUAGAUUGGUUGUAUAUUGGUGGGUAAAUACAGGCAGCACACUUGGUUACUGCUUGAAGGUGUUCACUGAGUAGAGUUAGCAGCCACUGCCCCAUCUUCCCAUACCAACUGCCCUCCAGCUCCCAGGAGCACAGGUCAAAGUUUGACCUACAGUUC